CCCACCCGGUCCGGGGAGCAGGGAGCGAGCCUUACCUCCGGAGAGACAGAGAGAGAAGAUGACGAGGCGGAGACCAGGCCCAGCUGCCACUUUCCUGGCCGCCAUCUUGCCCUAAAAUCCGGAAGUGGCUCCGAGACCUUUUCACCGGAAGCGGAAGAGAGGCGAGGGCGCGCGAGGAGAGGCGCGGGAGAGGCCGAGAUGGGCCGGAAGCGGCGCCCGCGGGGCCGGAGAGGAGGCGGAGGAGGGGCGGCCCUGGAGGGCUUCGCUGCGGCUCUGGCAGGGUCCCUGGAAGAAGAGGAGGGAGAGCAGCAGCAGCAGCAACCAGGGGAGGAAGAGGCGAGCUCGGCCUCUGCUUCUGGGCCUUGUCGUCCGCCUCUCGGCCUGUGGGAGCUGGGCCAGUGCGACCCACGGCGCUGCACGGGGCGGAGGCUGGCCAGGAAGGGCCUGGUGCGGGCGCUGCGGGUCGGGAGGCGCUUCCCAGGCCUCGUCCUCAGCCCAUCUGCCCACCGGUACCUUUCCCCCGCAGACAGGCCGAUGGUGGCACAGGACGGGGCGGCCGUGAUUGACUGCUCCUGGGCCAAGCUGGAGGAGACCCCCUUUGCCAAGAUGAAGGGUGGCUGCUUGAGGCUGCUUCCCUACUUGGUGGCCGCCAACCCCGUGAACUAUGGGCGGCCCUGGAGGCUAUCCUGCGCGGAGGCUUUGGCCGCAGCCCUGGUCAUCGUGGGGUUCUCCGAACUCGCCACGGAGCUCCUGCAGACGUUUAAGUGGGGGCCCGUCUUCUUGGACCUGAACAGAGACCUCUUUGAGAGAUACGCAGCAUGUGCCGGCGAAGAGGAGGUGCUGGCCGUGGAGAGGGAGUUCCUGCUCAAGGCGCAAGAAAAGGAGGAAGAGGACAUAGAUCCCUUUGACGUUGACUCUGGAAAGGAGUUUUCUAACCCCAACAGGCCCGUCGGCGUCUCAAAAGCAAUCCAUGAAGAUGAAAGUUCACUGGAGGAAACGUCAGAUGAGGAUGGAGAGAGCGGGAGCAGCAGCAGCCAGGAGGAGCGGGAUGCCCCGGGGGCCCUUCCCAGGGAGGCAGGUGGGCCACAAGACACCGCAGGAGAAGCAGCAGAAGGCUUUGCGUUAUGAAGGAAGCAACGCCUGAAAAGGCAGAGGGUGUGAACCGUUCUUUAUCUUUGACAGUCAACCCUUUCGAGAUCUCUAUAUGGUACCUUCCUGGUCUGGAGAAGUUAAAGCCAUUCAGAAAUACCUUCAUUCAGAACCGUUUUAUAUAUUCCUUUGAAAAUAUUAAAAUGUCCAUUUGUACAAUAUGAACUAUGCCUAACGUAAGCUGUAAAAACCAUGGUUUUUGCUUUUUAUUAUUUUAAAUAUUUAAAUAUUAAAUAUUUUAUAAUCCCAAACAUUUACAACGUAA